AUGAGUGAGGCAUGGGAUUUUGGUGUGAUCAUUGCCUCCCAAUUGGCCUUCUUCGGUCUCGGAUGGGUCUUUUUCAUGAAGCAACUCUUUAAAGACUAUGAGGUUCAUGAGAGAUAUGUUCAAGCUAUCUUCAGCGUCAUGUUUGCCUUAUCGUGUACAAUGUUUGAGCUGAUAAUCUUCGAAAUCAUCGAUGUUAUGCAACCACAACAUCGGUUCUUGACGUGGAAGAUUGGAUUGCAUACGAUGCUGGUCACACUCAUCUUUUUCUUGCCCUUUUUGAUUAGUUAUUCGUUGGUCAAGUCAAUUCGAUUGGGUGAGUUUUUAUUUUUGUUGGUUUUGGUUUUUAGGUCGAGAUUGAAACACAGUUGUCUGAAGGUUAAGAUGAAUAUUGCUUGGAGUUGCUUAGGCGGCAGGAAUUGUCGUAUUCGUCAUGGUUUAGAGGAUCUAAUUAUCUUAUGUUUCAGUUCCAAUUACAUGGAUUUUGCCAAUGACAAUCAUUUCUUGGCUUAUAUUUAUCUAUUUCUUCUGGAAGAUUGGAGAUAACUUCCCAAUUCUCAGCCAAAAACACGGAAUCUUUUCGAUAGAACAAGCCAUCAGCCGCAUCGGGAUUAUUGGAGUAACAGUGAUGGCAUUACUCUCUGGAUUUGGUGCUGUGAAUGCACCUUAUACUUGUAUGGCCUACUUUGCUCGGCAAGUCACACCGGAAGAUCUACAAAUUUUGGAGAAGAAAUUGAAGCAGACUUUGGAUAUGAUCGUGGUGAAGAAGCGCAAAAUGCUGAUGAAAGAGAUUGAAAUUAAAAACAGUGCCUUUUCCAAGGGUGGAUAUUUGGGUGGAGGACUUUUUAAUCGAGUUCUGGGGACUUUUACGAACCGAGGAAGCAAUGAGCAGCUAGAGUAAGUUGAAUGGGACGUAACAUAGGACCUAAACUUAUUAAUUCAGAUACCCUUUCAUCAUUUUUUGUUUGCUUGGUUUUAUAUUUUAUUGCAUCUCGAUACGUAAUCCGUCAAUUUUAGGAUAAUGGAGUCGGAAAUAGCGCCAUUGGAGGAGUUUAGUCGUCAUUUGUUUCUGGAAUUGGUCGAGUUGGACAACAUGAAGGUAAGAGUGGUUAAUAACGAUUAAGUUUUAUUGCAAUCGCAUGUUUUAUCGACGUCCGGAGGGUGAGAGAUGAUGUCCGUGAUAGUUUUAUGACAAACUUUUAUAGUUAUGACAUAAUUCUUGGUCUGGGUAGGGGUCGUUAAGAAUUUUAUGGAAUUUGGAAGAUGUGAUGAGAUGAGAAAACUGUGUGGCUUUGUUUUUGGGAAGUUUAAGCUGUCUGGAUGCCAUAUUUACUUAAAAUUAUUUAUUUCUCAUUUGGUAAUUCUCCGUUACCGACUAUUUUAGAUGUCAACCUCAUGUGGAAAAAAAUUAUUUUCCCAAAGAUUCUAUUUUUUAAUUUCAGCUCCGAAAUGAAUACGGUAAGACUCUGCAGGGCCGAUACUUCAAUCUGAUGGGUUAUUUCUUCUCCUUGUAUUGUGUGUGGAAGAUUUUUAUUUCAACGGUCAACAUUGUUUUUGAUCGAGUGGGAAAAGUGGAUCCUGUGACUCGAGGAAUCGAAAUCGCCGUCCAUCAUAUGGGAUUCUCAAUGGAUGUUCGGUUCUGGUCCCAACAGAUCUCAUUCUUACUUAUUGGCAUCAUCGCGGUCACUUCAAUCCGAGGUCUUCUGAUUACAAUUGCCAAGUUCUUCAAUGCGAUAUCCAGUCGGAAAUCGUCGAAUGUGAUUGUGCUGGCAUUAGCUCAUGUAAUGGUAAGCUAUCUGAGUAUUUUUUAUUUGUAAAUACGGAAUAUUUUAUUCUUGAAUUUUCAGGGUAUGUACUUUGUAUCAAGUGUGCUAUUAAUUCGGAUGAACAUGCCCCUAAAGUACCGAAAAAUUAUCACCGAAGUGCUAGGCGAACUACAAUUUAACUUCUAUCAUCGCUGGUUCGAUCUGAUCUUCCUCAUCGCCGCACUGUGCAGUAUAUUAUUCUUGUACCUGGCGCACAAAAAGACCCCAAUCCAUCGAUGA